AAAAUGACCUCACCAGAUAGCAUUAACCGUGGCCCUGAAAGUUUAAAAUCCACAGUUAUAAGGCUGGUGGUUAUUCCUGUUACCUUCCAGGUUUGUCGCUUCCCGCACAUUUGUGCUUUCCAUCGUCUCGACAGCCCCUGUUCACGAACUCGCACGCGAUGAAGAACGCUCUCCUCGCUCUCUUCACUGUCUUCGCAUCUGCUGGCCUCGUCGCCGCGCAAUUCCAAAUUAACACUCCGGACAACCUUAUUGAGUGUGUUCCAUCACUCAUUACUUGGAUCAACGGAGAUAGUCCCUUCACUCUGGUGAUCCACGAGCCCGACGCGAACGGCCACAUCAUCCAGGAAUUCUCGGACCUCACUAGCCGCUCCUUCACCUGGUCUACUGAUGUCUCUGCUGGUACCACCGUUGGUUUCUCUCUCCGUGACAGAAGCGGUGCCGAAGCCCAGUCUGCCCCCGUUACCAUCCUGGCUGGUUCUUCUACUAGUUGCAUCGCCUGAAAGUGCAAGAUUUCUUCAGCUUCGUUUGGCUUCAGCCUGAGGCUUGGUGCAUGACUCGAAUACAUUGCCUAUCAUAGAUAGACUUGCGAGCCAUCCGCCAGUGAUGGUAUAGUAUCACGAAAAUAUGUGCGAAAAACUCAAGUUGC